AAAAGGAGUUCAUUUUCUCAUUCCUUCCCCUACUGAAAAAAAGCAUUUCCCGUUACACUAAGAGUAUACGGCUAGUCCACGUGUAAAGUAAUGGGUGAUCCUAAGCAGUCUCUGGAGGCUAGUCUCUCCUCUUUACUGGAGGAUAUACAGUCCUACCGCUCUAUACUGACGGGGGAGAAGGAUCCAGAGAUGUCUGAUGAGGUUAUUGUGACUGUUACUGAAGAAUUGGAUGUUAUUCGUCAGAAUAUUAAGAACACAAUGAAGCCAUUAUUGAGGAAUGGAAGAGGAGGAGGAGAGAAAGAUGAUGCUGGGGAAAUGGAUUUGUCUAAUUUGCCUUUCCCAUCAGUACCAGAUUCAUCAAUCAUCCUGUCGCCUCUUGUUACCAUAGAAACAGACCCCUCCCACCACAUACCCACAAUAACCACACCUCAAGAACAUCUGAAGGACUCCACAGGAACCAGAGGAGGAGGUGAACAGGAUGAGGGUAUUGAUGAGGAGGAGGGUGUUGAUGAUUGGGACGACUGUGGGUUGGAGGAGAUGCUUCAAAAUGAGGAAGCGUCUAAACUGUUUGAGAGCAUAUGCUUAGAGCAAGAGACCAAUCAGACUAACAGCAGUAGCAGUACAGACACUGACGGUCAGUGGAUUGGAGAGGAGACUGACUGUAUGAUAAUAGAUAAUGAAGGAGGAUCAAUGUCUACUGGUGGAGAUGAUCAAUAUACUGAUAUUCCUCCUCCAUCAAAGGAUCAUGUUGAUAAACUGAAGGAAUCAUUUGGUCACUCGAAUUUUAAACCUGAGCAGUGGAGGAUCAUACACUCUAUACUGAAGGACAGGAGGGACACUUGUGCUGUCAUGGCAACAGGUCAGUCAACUGCAUGUAAUUGUAAUUUAAUUAAUUAAUUAUUAUUAUUGUUUUUGUUUUGAGUACCCACACUAAUAAUGAAUACUGGCCAAUCCUUAUAAUUAUUCUUUAAUUAUUAAUGUUGUGAAAACAUCUUGAACACAUGUGAUAUGAUAAAAAUUUCAACUUCAUGGAACAGUUUUAUCAUAGUGUACUUCAUGCAUUUAAUUUAUUUUUUAUUGUU